GCGCCCCUUUCACACGCGGGGAACUUCGAGAUCUAUCGUCCCCUCCUGUGCGAUUUCCUCGAAGAUACCCUCGCCAUCGACUUCAUACCAAUCGACCCACCACCGAUACUUCCUCGUUUUCGAUCAUUCUGUCUAAAACCCUAAUUUCUUAGAUCGAUCCAUCGAUCGAUCGAUCCUCUCUUUUUGAUACGCUAGAGGCGAGUUAUUUAGAAUACGUCCACCAUGUUUAGUAGGAUUUUUGGAAAGCCCAAGGAGCAGGCGAAUGCCUUGGCUACCCUCGACAAGUUAAACGAGACACUUGAGAUGCUAGAGAAAAAGGAGAAAGUUCUGCUGAAGAAGGUUGCUGCUGAGGUUGAAAGGGCUAAGGAGUUCACCAGAGCAAAGAAUAAAAGGGCUGCAAUACAAUGCUUGAAGAGAAAGAGGCUUUACGAGCAGCAAGUUGAGCAACUUGGGAAUUUCCAAUUGCGUCUCCAUGAUCAGAUGAUAAUGUUGGAAGGCGCAAAAGCUACAACAGAGACUGUUGAUGCAUUGAGAACUGGAGCAUCAGCAAUGAAGGCUAUGCAGAAAGCAACUAAUAUUGAUGAUGUUGACAAGACUAUGGAUGAAAUUAAUGAGCAGACAGAGAACAUGAAACAAAUUCAGGAAGCACUAUCUGCUCCACUUGGAGCUGCAGCUGAUUUUGAUGAAGAUGAAUUAGAGGCAGAACUUGAAGAGUUGGAGGGUGCAGAAUUGGAGGAACAGCUUCUUCAACCUGCCACGACUGCUCCUGCUGCUCCAGUGCAUGUCCCUGCUGGUAGGCAACAGGCUCGGCCUGCUCCACAGAAAAAUACAGCUGAAGAAGAUGAACUUGCAGCAUUACAAGCAGAAAUGGCGAUGUAGGCAGGUCUUUGAUGCUUCAAGUGAGACCGAGGAAUGUAAAAAAUGAUCGUGUACUCCAGUCGGGAUGACAAGAUUCUCUACCUCAAUGGUUUAUGUCAUCCGGUGUGUAUACAUUUUCGCAAGAUAUUAUAAUGGUGGCUGAUAUAAAAGAUGUUGCUGUCGAUGUGUUUUCCCUUUAUGAUUUCUGAAAGGUGGAUCGUUCUUGUAAUCACACUUUUCUAAGGCUAACAGUCUAGAUUAUCGUUCUGUAAUGCACAUAAAGAAUAAGUUAUGAUUCACAAGAGUAUUUGCUGAGAACAUAAGACUGCAUGGUGGCCAUUCUCUGCGCCACCACUGGUAAUCAUUACUAGUGCCCGAGUUGGAGGCUUUUUGUUUUU